GUCCUGUGCAUGACAGCUCAGAGGAGAGCAGGAGGACCACGACGAGCAGGGACAGUCCUCAGUCUCCCACCUCAUUCUUUGUCAGCUAAUCACAUCCAUACGGACUGAGAGGAAAAGCGGUGUAUGUUUUGAAAUAUUGGCGACCGUCGGUUGACAGCGCUUUCGCUCGGUGGAUUCAUCCCGGAGGAUUGAAUGGAAGCGGCGGCUGAAGGGGCGGCCAGCCUGUCUGAGGCCGGGGAUGGGAGUCCGUUAUCCGGGGCAGCGGCAUCCGAGGACGCGGGGACGGAGGACGGCAUGGACUCCGACUCUAUAUCGAAAAAGGCUUUCAUAACAGAGAUGCCUUCGUCAUCAGGGCAGCCGGCUCAUGGGAAGAAGAUCGGACACAGAGGAGUGGAUGCUUCUGGAGAAACAACGUAUAAGAAGACCACAUCUUCAGCCCUCAAGGGGGCCAUUCAGCUUGGGAUUGGUUACACGGUUGGUAAUUUGAGUUCCAAGCCUGAGCGGGACGUCCUCAUGCAGGAUUUCUAUGUGGUGGAGAGCAUCUUCUUCCCCAGCGAAGGCAGCAACUUGACGCCAGCCCAUCAUUUCCCAGACUUCCGUUUCAAAACCUAUGCUCCCGUCGCCUUCCGUUACUUCAGAGAGCUCUUUGGGAUACGGCCGGAUGACUAUUUGUAUUCUCUCUGUAACGAGCCAUUAAUUGAGUUGUCCAAUCCUGGAGCCAGUGGCUCAGUCUUCUACGUCACGAAGGAUGAUGAGUUCAUCAUUAAGACGGUCAUGCACAAGGAGGCAGAGUUUUUGCAAAAGCUUCUUCCUGGAUAUUACAUGAACUUGAAUCAAAAUCCUCGCACCUUAUUGCCCAAGUUCUUCGGGCUGUACUGCGUACAAUCGGGCGGGAAGAACAUCCGGAUGGUGGUCAUGAACAACGUUCUGCCCAGGGUGGUGCGCAUGCACCUCAAAUACGACCUGAAGGGCUCCACCUACAAGCGACGGGCCUCUAAAAAAGAGCGGGAAAAGGCAAAGCCCACUUUCAAAGACCUUGAUUUCAUGCAGGACAUACAAGAGGGUCUCAUGCUGGAUACAGACACGUACAACGCUCUGGUCAAGACUUUACAGAGAGACUGUUUGGUCUUGGAAAGCUUUAAGAUUAUGGAUUAUAGUUUGCUGCUUGGAGUUCACAACAUCGAUCAGGCGGAGAAAGAGCAGCAGAUGGAGGGAUCUCAGGGCAACAGUGAUGAAAAGAGGCCGCUGGCACAGAAAGCGCUCUACUCCACUGCAAUGGAGUCCAUACAGGGAGCGUCGGCCUGUGGAGAGGACAUUGAUACCGAGGACACGAUGGGUGGUAUUCCUGCAGUCAAUGGAAAAGGAGAGCGUCUGUUGCUCUACAUCGGAAUAAUCGACAUCUUGCAGUCUUACAGGUUAAUAAAGAAAUUGGAGCAUACGUGGAAGGCUCUAGUCCAUGACGGGGACACCGUGUCUGUUCACAGACCGUCUUUCUAUGCAGACAGGUUCUUCAGAUUCAUGAGCACUACUGUUUUCAGAAAGACUUCGUCACUGAAAUCCUCUCCGUCGAAGAGGGGUCGUGGGGGUCUGGCUGCGGCCAAGUACAGCGGCCCCGGGGCGGCCUGGUCAGCCAGCCAGCUGCCGUUUGUGAGAGACGAAAACAUCUUCGACCUGAGAGGAGCCCGUAGCUUCCCCACGCUGGAAGACGAUGGUCGGGCGGACGUGCUUCCCUGCACCCCUCCCUCGUUCGAGGAAGCCACCACAGCCUCCAUCGCCACCACGCUCUCCUCCACCACCUCCCUCUCCAUCCCAGAACGCUCCCCGUCGGACACCUCCGAACAACCGCGCUACAGGAGACACACCCAGUCUAGCCAUGAAGAAACUAUGCAGGAUGAGGACCAGCAAACCAUCACGGUGGAGGUGGAAGUGGAGGGAAGAUACGACAACGAACCCACCCUCGUGGCUCCCCAGGUAUCGCCGGAGGUCAGUGAAGCUGCAGAGACGUUCGUGGAAGCCUCGUCGUCCUCCGUCCCGCCGAGCCCCAGGAUAGCGGUGGAGUCUGACGGCGGCAGUCAGGCUUCGGGAUGUACGAGCCGUGCCUCUGUGGACGAGGACGAGGACGUGCCAAUUACAGACAUUUAUUUUCCUCCAGAAGACAAAAGCUGGGUAUAUUCUCCUCUGCACUUCAGCUCAGGGCCUAAAACCCUGCCAGAGGAUGAAGGGGAGAGUGAAACAUAAUCAGACCUCAGGAAAGAGGGGCAGCUAUGAGGUCCGGACUCUUCAGACGUCCGGAAGCUAUACUGGUCGGACUUUCUCGCAACUUAAGUUUUCAUCGUCCUUUCACCCAUUCCAUAAACAACACCAAGCAAGUAGUAAUACCAAUGUCCAGAUGUAUUUAUGAGUAAUAAUGAGACUAUUUAUGUUUAUUAUUUUUGGAUUGUUUUGUGUUUCCUUAAUUGUCUAAUUUACAUACUGUGAACAUGUUUUCCGAUUUGACUCCAGACUUUGUUUUUGGUUUUUUUUGUUGACCUUAAGUUGUUAAUGCACCUUUAUCAGGUAGCAUUGUUUGUUUCGUAACUGUUAAAAAAAGGUCAUAUAUAUAUAUAUAUAUAUAUAUAUAUAUAUAAAAUACACAAACAUUGUUUUAUUUUUAUUGGUUUUCUGUAAAAUAUUACGCCAGCAAUAGUGUUCAACGUUACGAAAAUUCCAACAAGUGGCUGUUUGACUUGUGAAAUUUGGCAAUAACCAAAGUCCCAUGUUUUUUUUUACGUUUUAUUUUAACGUAAUAAUUAGGACUGAUAACAUAUGCUGGAUGUUACAGGGACUUACACUUUCCGCAUCACCUGAUCCUUUUUUUUUAUAUAUAUUUAAAUUUUUUUCCCGCCAAAAUCCAGUACAAAGUGAUCACGGCCUGGUUAUUAAAAGACAUGUUAAACUGAAAGAUGGGACCAAACUUAUUACGUGGGAGGCCAAAUAUGUAAAGCGACUUGUUACCAUAAUCGCAAUCAGAAAUAUUUGUUAUAGCAUUCAAUUGUAAAUCCACGUGUAUAGAAUUUGUGUGUGUGCGUGCCUAUGCAUUGAGUGUAUUUGUGGUUUUAAGCGAGCAUCUCACUUUACAAUGGAAGCGUGCAACACUGAUUCUUAUCAUGUGCAGUGGCCAGUUGCUGCUGUGUCCAAAAUAAAGGGACUACUGCAGUAAUACAUUUGUAAAGUGUAGCACACGCAUAUUUUGGUUGCCUUAAUCAUUUUAUUUGCCAACCUAAAUCCUACUAUUCACUGAUUCGGUCUUUCUUUCUGGUUCACCAAUGAUAGUGUCUUAGAGAACUUGUACAUAGAUCUUUAAAUACAUAUAAAAUCUAUUUUAAAUGUUAUUUGAAGGUUUCUUUUGUAUUUUAUUUUGCACAAGUGGCUUGCGAACGGUGUCCUAUAGGUCCACACGAACCCACUCAUUCUUCCAGCAUCCAGGAUGUUUUUCUUUCGUUCAAGUCUGUUUUUUUUGUAUCAUGUGUGUACACUUUACAGUUGGGAUUGUAAAGUCUAUACAAAGACAUAAAAUUGUAUCAAUCGCUUACUCUUCCAAGCUGUGUGCGUGUGUAUGUGUGGUCAGAAAAGCUGUGUGCCCCCCUAAAUAGCAAAAGAGCAUGAUGAAAUGUGAGUCUAUUGACAUUGAUGUACAGCAAAGACAUUUAUCUCUAUGGACAGACCACGACCAAUGGACUGAUGUGUGUACAUUUGUUCAGAUCCUUAAAUAAAUACAACUCAUGGG